AGCUCCUCUCCAAAGGUCGGCCCGUCAACCUGCGACUGUAACUAUCUGAUCAUGUCUCACUCAGGCGCUCAGGGAAGCAUCGGCAGCCACUCUGCCAUCGGUGGACUGCUCAAUAACACGAUCUACCUCUACGAAUACGAGAACUUCCAGGGCCGCAGGUUGGACCUGUCGGCCGAGUGCAAGAACCUGUGCGAGAAAGGCUUCGACAGAAUCGGAUCCAUCCGCGUGGAGUGCGGACCCUGGGUGGGCUACGAGCAGCAGAACAUGAUGGGCGAGAUGUUCAUGCUGGAGAAGGGCGAGUACCCCCGCUGGGACACCUGGACCAACAGCUACAGGUGCGACCGCUUCAUGUCCGUCAGGCCCGUCAAGAUGGAUCCUCAGGAUCACAAGAUCUGCCUCUUCGAGUGCCCCAACUUCGAGGGCCGUAAGAUGGAGGUGUGCGACGAGGACAUCCCCAGCCUCUGGUCCUACGGCUUCCAGGACCGCGUGGCCAGCAUCCAGGUGUCCGGAGGAAUCUGGGUGGGCUACCAGUACCCCGGCUACCGCGGCUACCAGUACGUGUACGAGACCGGCCCUUACAAGCACUGGAACGAGUGGGGGGCCCACCAGCCCCAGAUCCAGUCCAUGCGCCGGGUCAGAGACAUGCAGACGCACCGCAGGGGGUGCUUCGAGAUGACCGCCUAGAGAGAGAGAGACGAGUCCAGCUGGCCGACCGUCCCCUUUGGGGAAUUCUUCAACUUCCGCCUAUAAACUAAUCACUUUUUUUUUCCAAUAUUGUUUUGCUUUUACUGGGAUUUUUGGGAUUAUGUGGCAUGGCGAAUGCUAUAAAACACUCUGAUUGUCACAGACUUCCAGAGUAACUCCGGUUAAAAACUGAAGCGAUGCUCUCCGUCUGCAUACCUCGUAGAUAGAUGAUGAAAGGAGGAGGAUUAUAGGGGGAUUAGUUUGUGUUUAUUGGUUAGUUUCGAUGCUAUUAUAACAUUUUAAUUUUAUUUUUUAUUUACUCGCCUACGUGUUUCGAUCUAUCGCUCCUGGGUCAGAUUUUUAGAGAGUAAAAGUGUAAACCAUGGAGGGCGCUCAGCUCUCUGCACAUGCAGUGAGCUUUCCGACCACAAGGGGGCGCUGUCUGCUCACCUCAAAGCAACAGGCUCACCUUCACUGAAAGGAUGGAGGGCAGCCUGUGAGUCAGUGGAUGUGCAGGGUCGUGAUUGGGUCUUUUUUUGGGCUGUUUUCAUCUGAUUGAUGGAGGCCGAUCGGGAAGAUUUGCAUUUAACAUUUCCUCAGGGAACGCCGGCAUCUGGAAAAAGAGUUUUCCAAUGAAGAAAAAAUGAAAUAAAACUAUUAUAAAGCAGA